AUGGCCGGAUCUUGCCGCAGUCCCCGUCUCCCUCCACUGCCUGGCGUCGCGCUCCACCCGCGCCUCGCUAGCACGCGUCCCAUCCACCGCCCGGAGGUCCGCCCACCAGCGCCUUGCCGCGACCAGGCGCGCCCCCUUGUCGGCUCUGCUACAGCCGCUCCCGCUAGUUGCCGGCAGCCGCUAACGCCGCCCCAUGCGACGCCGCAGCCAUGCCCCGUGCGCGCUGCUGCGUCCCGGUGCUGCACGUGCGUCCGCCCCGCUCGCCGCUCGCCUCGCCCGUCGUCCGCUACAGCCGCUGCUACCGUCGCUGGGCGUCACACUUGCCUCCCCUGCUGCCUCGCCCGCUCAGCCCACCGCCGCGCCGCGCCGCCUAGUCCAGCCGGCCGUGCGCCCUGCUGGACUAGUCGCGCCGGCUCCACCCCACCACCGCCGGCCUGCGCUCGCGACUACAGCCGCCCGCACGUCGCGCCUGCCUCCGCCGCUUCGCCGUGCACCGCUCGCUGGAGCCCCGCGCCCGCUUCCCCCGCCGCCCUAUCCCGUUCGUCGACCGCGGGCGCUGGCCGCCGGCGCCGGCGCCCGGCUUCCCCGUCGCCUUGGCGGGCUAUGCCCGCACCACUGGGGCUCCGCCCCGUUUCACCACGCCCCGUUAAGGCGUAUGGGCCACUGCCCAGUAGGCCCCAUCGGCCCCUUUUCAAAAAAAAGAUGUAG